GUUUGUCUACCCGAAUCCUUCGACACCCCGAAACAACGCCAGCCCGUUGUUGCGCAUAGCCGCUCUCCCAAAAUAACCACCACUCCUUACCAGAUAUCUAUCCAGACACCAAAUCUAGUCAACAUGUCUCGACCCCGCGGUAUUCCUGAUGAGGAACUCUUCAUCAGCAGGCCUCGCCCUUCGGAUGAGGAUUGCGAUAGUCCCACCGUUGAGCCGCUGAGAAUCUUCAAGCCCAUGAGCCCGAAACCACCAGGUGCCGCCGAUAAGGCAUCUGAGAACCGCUACAAGUACCCCGCCCCGCCAACAUCGUCGGCAGCGUCGUCCGUCGCCCCUUUACCCGGCCUCCCGGGCCUACCUCCGUUGCCAUCCUUCCCUCUCCCGCCCGGAGCUUCGAGUUCGGCCGCCCCUCUCCCGUACCCGGACGACGACCUCUCUCGACCUACACAGGCCUCCAAGCCAGCCCGAGCACCAUACCCCGUCGAUGAUGUGCGCAGGCCCUCUCCGGCCUCCAGCACUGGGCGCAUCUACAGCCCCCCUCCGGCAUCCUCGAGCCCCCAGUUACACAACGAUACCACUCCGCGGUUGAACAUAAGUCCUAUUGAGAAGAAGCCUGGUUUGGCGGAUAGGCGCGGAGCUGUUCCCAAGCCUCUGCAGAGUCCCGAUAGUCCCAAUGGGGAUGAUCUGUUCGCGAAGCCCUUGGGUCGGCCUACCCAGCAGCCAGCCCAGCCUGCGCAUCCUGCGCAGAAAAUCUCCAAUGCCUAUCAGCAAAAGCCUUACUACCCUCCUCCCGGAGGUGGCAACGUUCGCAAAAACUCGGAGCCUAGCAUUGCUCGUAUCUCUUCGACGGCUUCGACUUCGACCACGAGGGCUAGCCGUGGGUCGCCUCCUCCUCCCGAGACACCCAUUGUUGAGCCGGGUGUGAUCCCAGGAGGCGGAAUCGAAGCGCGCUAUGCCGCUGCUGGUAUUUCGGGGACCGCAACCCUCACGAGUCUCCAGGCGCAAAGUGCGCAAAGUGCGGCGGCUCAGUCGCGUUUGGCGCAAUAUGGUGGACAGAGACCUCCGUCUCAACCACAGCACGCUCAGUCCCAGCAGCAACCUCAAGCGCAGGCGCAACCGCCUCGUCCUUGGACUCCCACCGAGUCUCCGGAUCAACAACCGUUCGGGCCCCCUACCGUCUACCAAGGCGAUGCGGUAGCCCAGAACCCUCAGCCAGCGAGGCCCCAGCCCCAGCAGCAGAAUAGCUUCAACCUUCCCAAGAACCCCGAGCCCGCGUCCAAUGCGCCGGCUGGAUCUAGCCUCCAAGUGAGCGUUCUGGAGCAGGACUUCCAGCGCAUGCAGGCUUCUACUCCUCCUCCGGCUUACAGCAGUGUCACUCCGAAUGCCUCUUCGAGCUACCCAGCUGAGAAACAACGACCGACCCAGGCACAUCCGGCCACUGCCAAUAACAACAAUGCCACUCCGAACCCAACCUCUCGCCCGGCAACAGCUGCUUCUGGAAGCAGUCGGCCAGUGAAUACUGCCUCUCCGGCGCCGUCUUCAUCCAUCCACAAGCCCAAGCCCGUUGCCGUUGUUGCUCCUCAAACUCCGGCGCAACAGCACCCCGGACACCCGGCUUUUGCCAAUGAGCCCCAGCAACACCCGGCUCAGGCUGCCCACAAUGUCGGACAUCCGGCCUUGCAACACACGCCGUCUCUCCUGGCUUCCACUCAGGCACCGCCGCCGUUGCCUGAAGGCUGGAUUGCCCACCUUGACCAGAACUCGGGUCAGUACUACUACAUCCACCUGGCCACUCAGGCCACGCAAUGGGAAUUCCCCAAGGGUCCCAACCCCAUCACCCACGAAGCGGCGCCCUUGUCUCCCACGGCGUCAACCUACGGCAACCCUCUUGCCUCACCUCUCCUCGGCGGCAAGGCCGGUUUAGCCUCUCCCAUGUUCCACCCCCAGACCCCCGGCUACGCCGAGAGCAUCAUGACCGUCGCCUCCGCCGCUCCCUCGGGCUUCACCGGCCCGCCCCCCAGCGCCGGCGUAGACAUGUACAAAAUCAUGCCCACCAACGGCGUCUACUUCGGCCCCUACCUGCGCUACGUCAACAUGGACCUGGAAAAGGGCAUCUGGCACGGCAGCAUCAUGAUCGUGACGGACGCGCCCCAACCUCCCACCAUCCACAUCCACCUCAGCGUCGACCUCUCCCCGAACCCGCGCCAGCUGAUCCCGCACAACAUCUGGACGCACCAGCGCUGGGUGUUCUACAAGUACGACAUGGACCUGCAAAUGUCCGAGCACGGCACCGAACGCUGGACCUAUGCCGUCACCUCGCACCUCGGCUGCACGCGCUACGAGUUCAUCGUCGCGGGCCGGUACGAGACCGGGUGGCGGAUGAUUGCGCAUUCCGGGAAUGACUUUGCUCCCUCUACAAACCAGAACGAGCGCGCCAAGCUCGGCGGGGUGGGCUUUAUGUGGAAGGAUAUCCUCCAGAAGAACGUCGAGUGCGGCGGGUUUCAUGUCCAGCUAGGUCUGGGCGACCAGAUUUAUGGUGAUCGACUCUGGCGCGAGGUGCCUAUCCUCAAGCAAUGGCUUAGCAUCGCCGGGAGAGAAAACAGGAAGAAUGUCCCUUGGACGGCGAGACACGAGGAAGAUGUUACGCAUGCUUACUUCCAUUAUUACACGAGCCACUUUGAUCAACCCUUCAUGCGCGAGGCGUUUGCGCAGAUUCCGCAUGUCUUGCAGAUCGAUGACCACGAUAUCUUUGAUGGGUUUGGAAGUUAUCCGGAGUACAUGCAGUCGUCGGCGAUUUUCAAGAAUAUUGGUCGCAUCGCUAUAGACAUGUACCUCCUCUUCCAGCACCACACCACCGUCGAAAUGCUCCGCAAUGUCUCAUCGGACAUGGACCUCUUCACCAUCACCGGCGCAGGAUGGCAUUUCGUCAAGUACCUCGGUCCCGCCGUCGUCAUCGUCGGUCCAGACUGCCGCUCCGAACGCACACAAACGCGCGUGAUGGCCGGUCCUACCUACCAAGGUCUGUUUCCAAAGGUGGCUAUGUUGCCGCCUAGCGUGCAGCAUUGUAUCUGGAUGCUAUCCGUGCCCGUGGUUUACCCGCGCUUGGAAACGGUGGAGACGCUGGCGAAUACGUUUGCGACGGGCAAGAAGGCGGUUAAUACGACGUAUAACUUGCUGGGCAAGGUGACGAGCUCGGUGGCGGGUGUGGUGGGUGGUAAAGAGGUGGUGGCGCACGGGUUUAAGGAAGUGAAAAGGGCGGUGGGGAAGAGUGGGUUGAUGGGCAAUGUGCUGAAUCAGUUUGGCGAGUUUGAUAUCGCGGAGGAGUUGAAGGAUUUGUGGACGCAUGAGAGUAAGGAUUUGGAGAGGACCUACCUUGUUCGAACACUACAAGGAAUCGCCCAGCAGAAGGGGAUUAGGAUGACGUUUUUGUCUGGUGACGUCAACAGCGCAGGCGCCGGCCUCCUGCACGACCCCUCCCACCCUUCCGACCACAAAACCAUGUACCAACUAAUCACCUCCCCCAUCGUCGCCGCCCCCUGCUCCUCCUACUUGCUCAAAGCCCUCCACUCCGGCUCCAACUCCAACAAAUUGCUUUAUGUGCCCCUAAACGGCCACAAAUCCACCCACGAAGUCUCCGACACCAAGGAGGACAUGAUGGAGAUCUUCCAUACCGAUGCGAGCGGGGCAGCGAGGGAGUAUAAGAAACUCAUGGCGAGGAGGAAUUAUGUCGCUAUUGUUGCUUAUGAUCCUGAGGCUGUUGCUGGGGGGAUGAAUGGUAUGCAACAACAACAGAAUGGGUAUGCUGCCAGCAUAGCGAGUGGCGGGAGUGGUGGUGGUUCCGGACUGAAUAAACUCAGUUUGGCGGUGGAUUUUGUGGUGCAGGGUGAUGGGGCGUUUACGGCUACGACCAAGUAUGGGCCGGUUAUUGUGCCGCAUUUGGAGUAUGGGCAUUAGGUUAGUUUAGUUGAGUAUGUAGUACUGGUAUGGUUGGUGCUGAAUGGGUAGGAGCGUUUGAUGUUGUUGUUUGGAUAUGAAUGGAUGGCGGGCGGGCGGUCUGUUGCUUUGUUCUGCGUUUGGAUAGCGGGGUGAAAGCGUGGUGGAGAGGAGAGCGUCGUGAUCGCUUUUUGUUCUGUUCUGUUCUGUUCUGCUGUAUGAUGAUCUGCAGCCCAGCUGGAUGUUU